GUUCCUUAAUUUUCUGGUUAACUUAAAUUGUAAUUAAUUUACUUUAAGAAUAAUUUAUUUUAUUUAAUUAAUGGUUAAUUAACUGUGGAACUUACCAGACUCUUGAUUGUUUUUCAAUUGUUGGAUUGACUAUUAGCCAAUUGGAAACCUUUACAUUGAAACAUUUUGUCAACAUUUCGGUUUUGUAUUGGAUUAUAAAAAUUUGUUUUUUUUCAAUCUCACUCUUAAUAAGAUUAUCAUUGUUUUUCUUGCUUCUUUUCCUGUUCUUGUUUGAUUAUUAAUUUUAUUGGCAAUUAAUAAUUCCCAAAGAGUAAUAAUUGUCUUUCGUAAUUUGUAUUCUCUCUGUCUCCUGUUUCAAGAAAAGUGACAAUAUUUCUGGAUUAAUCUUCAAUCGCUAUGGAUGAUGGUUGGAAUUCUAGUGCUAGUGGAGCUGAUGCUUGGUCAGGCUCUGCCACGACUGUAGAUUAUGGUAACAAUAUUGGAAGAUCCUAUUCAAAUAAUACUACUUUAACUGGUGGUGAUCCUUCAUCUACACCAUCAACAUCGGGAGCAUUUUCUAGUAGUGGUGGAGGUGGUGAAAGAGGAAGUGGUGGUGGUGGUGGAGGAGGAGGAGGAGGAUAUUCUCGCAACUUAAAUCCUAAAGCUCAGCUUAGUGUUGAUAGAAUGCCUUAUGAAACAUCAGUUGAAACUAUUCGAAAUAUUUUCGGGCGAUAUGGCAGAAUAGCUCGUGUUAUAUGUGACUAUAAAAUAACAGAGGAACGAUUGCAUGUUUGGUUAGACUAUGAAGAUGAAAGAGUUUGUGAGUCAGCUUUAAGAGAGAAUGGUCGAAAAAUGGAAAAGUCCACCAUUGUUGUCAUGAAAUCUUCCUCUGGGGGUGGUGAAGAUGGCUUCCGUUCUCGUGGACCAAAGAAAGAUGCCUGGGGUAAUAAUACUUGGAACAAGGAUCGAAACAGUGGCGGAGGAGCUGCGGCUGCCAACACUUCUACUGCAUCGGUUGAAGGUGCUGAUUGGAGUUCAGCCGAUUGGUCUAGUGGAGGUGAUGCAAACACUUCCAGUAAUGAUAACUAUGGUGAUGGAGAAGAUCGUAGGUCAUCUAGAGGCCGUGGUAGAGGUGGAAGAGAUCGUGGUGGUCGAGGAGGUGGUAGAGGUCGUGGUGGUGGAGGUCGUUAUCAACCUUAUGACAAAAAUGAUUCGUCAUUUGAGAAAACUGAACUUCCUCCAUGGGAAGAUAUUCUUGCUGGUAAAUCAUCAUCAACACCCGCUGCAUCUUCAGCAUCAGCAUCUGAUCAAUGGAACACUGAUGAUCAGUGGGGAUCAGGAGGAGGAAGUAAAGAACCAAGUCAUCAGAAUACUGCACCACCGGCUGACCAAGCUGCUCUAGAUUGGGACUAAAAUGCCUUUUUUUUUAUUUAAACCACACUACCUAAAUCAUUAUCAUCUCUUUGAUUACCAGUGAUUUCGUUAAAAACUUAUCCAUCAACAUUUAAAUUUUACAUUGUAAUCAUUUUCUUUCCUCUUCUCAUCAUCGACAAUUUUGAUUCUUGCAUUAUUUGUAUACAGUUUUCCUUAAAAAUAACAUGACAAUUUGUCUGAUUGAAACAAAAAUCGUCUUCUCACUUGAUUGAAUGUUUACAAUCAGCAUAAAUUGUUUCAAAUGCAAUCUGGUCCAAUGGAUGUUUCAAACUAUCAACAACAACAAAUAACCUUGACCCUUGUCCAUCUUUAUGAAAAAUCAGUGCCAUUUAUGUAAAAGGAUUGAAACAAAAUCAACAAAAAUCGAAACUUUUUCCUCGCCAAUCCUUUAUGCACCAUUAACUCAUUCAAUUAAUUGUUUCAUCAAAUUUUAGGUUAACCUGUUUACUGAUUGACAAGCAGCUUUGAUCAUCAUGAUAAUCAACGAAAUCAACAACAAAAGCGGAAAAAUACACAACAUGGAAUUACAAACUCUCUCUCUCAUUCUCCUUUUCCUCAAUCUUUAUUUUCAUAAAAUAUUAAGGAUAAAGUUGA